GGACGAGUCAACGUCUGAUGUUGAAAGAGGCUUGUUGAUAAAGUUGCCUUUGUUGACGGUUCAGUGAACCAACUCUAAAUACCAUUCUCGAAGUUCAAUUGUGUCUUCAAGGUAUCCAAUCAUCUUUCAAGAUGCCUCCUGGACGCCCCGCCCGACGCGUCGUGUCUUCCAACGAGAAUGAUGAGAAUUCUACGCGUAUGACGCGUGCUAAGGCCGCGGCACUUGAUGUCGACGUUACGUCUCAACCCUCUAAGCAACCCCUUCAGUCGAAGAAGUCAGCAGUGAAUGCGAACCCUGCCGCUCAACGAAAGCGUGCUGCUCUAGGCGAUGUCAGUAAUGUUGGAAAAGGUGAAGCAGCUGAGGGAAAGAAGCCUCUUGGUGGAGGAAAGGUUGGCCUAGUUUCCAAGGCCGCACAACCUACAGGUGUUCAGAAGAGCCAAGCUCGUACUACCACAACCCGAUCUGCCCUGGCUACCAAGGAGACGAAGAAGACGGAAGUGAAGCGAGCAGGAUCCGGCUCGGGUGCUAUCGGAUCUCACAAGCGAAAGGUAACUUCGACAUCGAUCAAGCAAGACGUCCUUACCGAGGAGCCAGUCCGCAAGAAGGCUCAUACUCUUGAAAAACAGGAACGACUAGAACCUCAGCUGGAGAAGUUGGAGCCCGUGCCUGAGAAGGCAUCUCGCAAGGAGGCUGUACCUCCUCAACAAGAGGUUGGUCUAGUGCUGCCGCCGGGUGUUAAAGACUUGGAAGAGGAGGGCCUCGAGGACCCUCUGAUGGUUGCUGAAUACGCCCACGAGAUCUUCGAUUACCUCCGCGACCUUGAAUGCAAGUCAGUCCCGAACCCUCAGUACAUAAUACACCAAGACGAGUUAGAGUGGAAGACGCGAAGCAUCCUAGUCGACUGGAUGAUCGAGGUCCAUACGCGGUUCCACCUUCUUCCUGAGACUCUAUUCCUUGCAACCAACAUUAUCGAUCGCUUCCUUUCUCAGAAGGUUGUACAGCUUGACCGCGUCCAGCUUGUUGGCAUCACUGCUAUGUUCGUAGCUGCGAAGUACGAGGAGGUCUUAUCACCCCAUGUUAGUAACUAUAGGAUGGUAUCCGACGACGGCUUUAGUGAUGCCGAGAUCCUUAGUGCGGAGCGAUUUAUUCUGGAAACAUUGAACUACGACCUCAGCUAUCCCAACCCUAUGAACUUCCUUCGACGCAUCUCUAAGGCAGAUGACUACGAUAUCCAAUCUCGAACCAUUGGAAAGUUCUUGAUGGAGAUCAGUAUCGUCGAUCACCGGUUCUUAGCGUACCGCCCUAGCCAUGUUGCUGCAGCGGCGAUGUAUCUGGCUCGGAUGAUUCUUGAUCGGGGUGAAUGGGACCCGACUAUCGCUUUCUACGCCGGAUAUACCGAGGAAGAGAUUGAGCCGGUAUUCGAGCUCAUGGUCGAUUACUUGGCUCGACCUAUCUGUCACGAGGCGUUUUACAAGAAGUAUGCCAGCAAGAAGUUCAUGAAAGCUUCUCUCAUCACCCGUCAAUGGGCUAAGAAGAAUGCCCCCAUUUUCGGCAUCACCGAUACUAAGGAGUCGGUGGACGAUUUGGCGGCACUGGAUUAUUAGUAAAUCCUACUUGCCAUGCAUCUUACUCUCCACCCUUACACCGUAAUGAUAUUCCGACGUUUGGGGGCCUCGGUCGGUGUCAGGAUACCCAAGGUCUCGUUGGAUGAUGGCAUUACGAUGACUGAUGUUACCGCCUCAGCCUACGACUCUCAUAAUCUCUUCAACCGGACCGCAUUGAAAGACGUCGUUCAACGUUUUAGUUCGGGCGGUUGAUGUCCGGCGCGUAUGAAAAUUGUCGACUUGCCGGCGUUGCAAGUAUACAUUUCGCCAAACUGGACCGGAACUGUUUGUAGCCCGCGGCUACAUUGAUUGCAUCUCCACUGGCCUAUACAUUUUCUUUGCUGUGUGCUAGGCGCGUGCUGCCACGGUAUAUGGAUCAAGGCAGGUGGAGCUGGUGGUUUUUUUUCUUAUUUUUCUUUUUACGAGUCUCCCAAAACCGACGUUAGUUUUCCGAGUUCUCCUCGGCUUGGCUCACAAUGGACUGUCAGAUAAUCGUUGUGAGCCUUGCCCGCCUUAACUUUGCUUAGCUUCCCUGCAGAGCUUCGGUGAAUAGAUACUGCGAGCUAACUCUUGAGGCAUGGCCAUGGAAGACUUAUAAACCUGUACAUAUUGUUAAACUGUCGGUCAUAACACGGGCACAAUGGGUGGGGGGCAAUAAAUUCGCAUUGCAUUAAUUAUGAUUUACAUGUUAAUAAUCGCUCCUGUUGAUGCUGCUGG